AUGGAGAAGAAGAGUGAAAGAAUCACAUUUGGAGCUGUGGUGAUGUCGAGCGGAGAAGCGAAGAAGAAACGGAAGAAGGUGGUUAGCAGGGAGAGUUCUGGGAAUGCCAAACUCUUUGUGGAUAAAGAUGCUAAGAAGAGACCAGACAUUCCUGAGAAUUCCAUUGUCUUUCCAUAUUCAAGUAAGGAGCAGGCUCCUGAAAUGGCGACGGUUAUUCAACGUAUUUGUAUUGGGAGUGUCCCUUGGGAGAAUGAGAAAAGUAAAAUUGCUCACACUGACCUUACUCCAACGUAUAGGAUGAUAAACCGAAUUGUUGCCUGUAAUAUACAUCCGAGGGGGCAUACUGUUGAGAUUGCAUACGAUACGGCCCAACUAUUAUAUGCUAUUGCGGAACAUGAGGUUAUUAUUGAUCUACCCCUUUACAUAUUCAACCAUGUUCGUGAAGCAUCUGCUGUUGAGGAUGACAGGCCAUGUCUUCCAUUUCCAAUAUUAGUUUCCAAGAUUUUGAAGCAUAAUGUGGUUGAAUUUCAGCAGAAUGACAGUUUUAUUUAUCCCAUGAAUCCAAUGGGUAUGGGUACACUUAAUAAAAGUGUGGAAGCUAUUCUGGGUGUGAAACAGGGCAAGUGUGUGAAGCAGGCAGCAGCGGUGCCUUAG